CAGUAGACUUAGCAAAACAUGUCCUGAAGUUCUCGAGUGUACCUAGGUAUUACACCGAACUCCUGCUCACUUCGCAAGACCCGGCUCCUCGCUAUCCCGUAAUGUCCGCGCCGUCGGCCCUCCCAAACUACCUCUACAAGAUCCUGCCCGCCGCACCACCGUCACCGCUUCCCGAACGCCUCCCGCUCUCAGACCUCGACCGCAACGAUGGCUUCAUUCAUCUCUCGACAUCCGAGCAAGUGCCCGGCACGGCAGACAGAUUCUUCGGCGGCUGCACCGAGCUAUGGCUGCUGAAGAUCAAGUACGAGGUGCUUGCAGCGGGCACAGAUGGGGAUGGCAGGGUUAAGACGGAGGGGAAGGCCGAGGUGAAGUGGGAAGAGGUCGGUAGGGGAUGCUUUGCACAUCUAUAUGGGGCGGAUUUGGGGGAGGGAAAUGUGGGCGAGGUGCUGAGGGUGGAGAAGAAGGGUACCUGGGCGGAGAGUCUGCGUUUGGAGUGGUAGAUCAGGAACAAGCCUGAUUCGAGGGAGGCUCCCUUGUAUCACGGUGGAAGGUCACAGGACUAAGCCGCUGGGUAAUGUUUGCUCCAAGGUUGCGAGACAAGGCUGCAGCCUCAGCAGGACACUUCUCG